UAGGAUAUUUAUAAACCUACAAGUUUCUUUGACUUGGUCAUUAUAAUAGUUGUAAACUCUUUGAUAACUUCUAAACUCCUAACAAUAAUUGAAACUAAUAUCCAUAUAUGUAUAUAUCAUCUACUAUUUCAAAUCUCCGGUGAAGGUUUCCUGGACUCUCGGUCUGAAGAUGAAGCUCAUGAUAACAACAAUCCUCACUUGCUUACUACUUUGGUCGGUGAUGUUACUAUCAUUCUCCAACAUCUUCAAACACCAGCUUCUUGGUGAUACAGUCAACGUAUCUUCAAAGGAUUCCGUAAAACCGAGGGAUAAACUGUUAGGAGGGCUUUUAACGGCUGAUUUUGAUGAAGAUUCUUGCUUGAGUAGGUAUCAGUCUUCCUUGUAUCGCAAACCUUCGCCUUACAACACUUCUCAAUACCUUGUCUCUAAACUUAGAAACUAUGAGAUGCUUCACAAGCGUUGCGGUCCAGACACAGAUGCUUACAAGAUAGCAACAGAGAAGCUUGGUCAUGAUCAUGAUGAGAAUGUUGGAGAUAGAUCUGUUGGUGAAUGCAAAUAUAUUGUGUGGGUUGCUGUUUAUGGGCUUNAUUUGCCAUUUUUUAAUUCGAGUACAAACACCAACAUCAAUUUUUUCAAUUGUAAUAAAUGGAAAUACAUGUAA